AUGAAAGCACCAGCCUUGCUGUUGUUUUUACUGUCAGCAUGUGCCGCAUCGCCGCCGACGAGGGAAGCCGGGGGUGUACAAGUAACCGUGACAAUUGUGUCUCUGAUGUACAGUAAAAACUGGCCUGCUGAGUACAUCAACGCUGUCAAUGCUGGUUUUAACGCAUCCCUGGCCGCGCGGAACUGGGUGGUAGCGCCUGGGGUUAAUGUUUCGGUAGUUCCACCCCCGUCGUACGACACCCCAGCAUAUCAGCACCUGGAGAAGUACUUAGAAAAUGUAAAGGACGAUAACAGCAGUAUGGUGGUUGUGUUGGGUCCCAUGGGCGAAGAGAGCAGCUUUGCCUCGUAUGAUACCCUGAAGAAACACGGUCUUGUCGGAUUCGCUCCUAUGACUGGGGCUGCGGGUUUUGAGACUUACCUUCCACACCUCUAUUUUCUUCGCCCUGGUUUUACGGGUGAACUCAUAGCCCUUAUCCGUUAUGCCGUGACUUACCUGCGCGUUCUCCGGUUGGGGUUUACCUACCUUGAAGGUAUGAUGGGGGGUACUACCACAUACGAGAAUGCUGUGGACUUUUUGUCACGCAUGGGAUACACGUUUUGUUGUAUUUUCACAGUGCACGGGACAGCCGAAAGGCGGACGGUAACAGGUAGGGAGUUCGAUGUGGCAUGGAACGAGUUUGCCGGGAAACUUCCACAGGCUGUUAUUGUUGUUGCUACUGUAAAUGAUGAAAUAAAGAAUUUUGUCAAGAACCUUGUGGCUGAUCCACGCACCGCGGAUGCGUACCUGUUGGCUCCCUCACUAAUGCAGAAGUCGAUCGUGACAGUAUGGAAGGAGGCAUUGGAAGCUGCAAAUGCCACUUUUGUCCCUCGUCGCGUAAUCCAGACAGGCACCAACCCACUUGCCAACGACACAGACAGUCGUGCCAUUAGUCGCUUUCAAGGUGAGAUGCGGGAUUAUCUUACGGCAUAUGGGGAAUGGGCCGGUGUCGACGACGCAGAGUGCUUCCUCAAGGACGACGCAGAGGGAGAACUGAUGGUUGCUGGUUGGCUCGCUGGAGAGGUGCUAUCGCAAGCUCUACGGAGCCAUGGAUGGAUGAACAAUCGCACAGCUUUCAUGGAGUCGCUCUACGAGCAACGCCGUUACGUCGUUGACAACAUCGUUAUUGGUGACUUUGGAGGUAGUUGUGAGGACAAUUCUACUGAUAGCGGUGCCAUCUGCCAGUGCAACCGCGGCGGUAGGAAGGUAUACAUGAAGGAGAUUGCAGAGGGCUACCGACUAAGACCGCUUGUUGGCGGCUACAUCGUACAGUCCCAACUGGAGUGUAAUAGUGAUCCUGCAAUCCUGCAGCCGCCGCUCAGCGGACUCGCCAUCCUCAUAAAUGAUCGCCAGGAGCUUACGAGGGCUGUGAAACAGUUUAAAAUUGGCACGUCUGCCGUAUCUGCAGAUGGCGAAGACGAUGACGUGGACAGGCUUGUCAUUCAGGUAUUUGACACAAAGGCGCAUACCGCUUUCGACGAUCUCAAGGCGCUGCAACAGAGGAAAAUUUUAACUGCUUUGUUCGGUGUCGUAACUGAGUCGUUGUUAGAACUCUCAAACGUGACAUUCAUUGACCCAAUGGUGCCAACGCCUCAUUUAAACACUUUCAACAGGAAUGUGAUCCGCCUGUCGCCAACAUUGGAGCAGCAGCUUUAUGUACAUGCGACCUACCUGUCUAGCAUCCGUGCUGUUAAUGUCCACUGUAUUGUCAGAAGCAACGAAGCGGCUCGCAUCAUCGACGUGCUUAGGAAGACGUUGAUUACCUUUGGUCUGAAUCUCAGUUCCACAAAAGUAUUGGAGGCCAGGACCACGAUUAGGGGGAAUCUACCGACAAGGGGCAGUGUAUUUCUCAUUGGGCUCGUCGGCACUGACAUUGCGGCAAUUGAAGAACACCUCCGCACACACGAGAGGACUCUUAUAUUUGUCCAGUAUUCUGACAUCGCGUUGCUAUACAAUGAGUUUGUGCAAACAUUUAACAACACUCAUACUGCCGAACGUCUUGUGUUCGCAACAAGUUUACCGCACUGGGCAGACGCCAACACGACAUCGGAGACUGUGCGACGGUUCCAGGACGUUAUAUCUGAUGUGGCGCUACGGACACCGCUGUCACUGUUGGGUUUUGCCACUGGCAGGUUGAUGCAGAGGAACUUGCAGCGUAUGCCCAAGGUGACCCCUGAACUCCUGUCCGACCUCUUCUUCGAAGAAACAGUGAUCACUGUCGACGACAUGCGCUAUGGACCAUUCAGGCACUACGAUUGCGUAAUCAACGAUGUCGUUACCGAGGAUAAUUGUAUAACAAAUUUUGGUGCGGCGGACAUCAGUGUGUGGUCGAUGGCGCGUGCGCUACGACCACAUGAGCCAGUACUGCAGGAAGCGAUGUUUCCGUCGAUGAAGUAUAACGUUCCUAAUGGUAACGCCCUCACCCCCGCACAACUUGCUGGCGUAAUCGGUGGGACCUCGGCAGCCCUGUUCCUCCUUUUGGGGCUUGGCGUGCUAUUGUACUUCGUCCUUCGCGAUGGUCGCGACAACGACAACGCGCCCAAGGAACCAACAGACCCGGUGACGCUCAUCUUCACCGAUGUCGAGAGUAGCACUGCGCUGUGGGCUGCUCACCCCGAACUGAUGCCGGAGGCCGUCGCAGCUCACCACAGCAUGAUCCGCUCGCUGAUUUCCCGUCACGGAUGCUACGAGGUGAAGACGGUUGGGGAUUCGUUCAUGAUAGCCUGCAAGAGCCCAACAACCGCAGUCAAGCUUGUGCUCGACUUACAGGUGAUGUUCAUGCAGUACGACUGGGGCUCUUCUGUGUUCGACGAUUCGUACCGCGAGUUUGAGUUGCGUAAGGCGGAUGAUGUCGACGGUUACGCCCCACCAACCGCGCUCCUUGACAGCGCAACGUACGGGCAGUACUGGAACGGGCUGCGAGUGCGAGUUGGUGUGCACACCGGGUUGUGUGAUAUUAGACAUGAUGAAGUGACGAAGGGUUACGAUUAUUACGGGCAGGUUCCCAACCUUGCUGCGCGGACGGAAAAUGUGACGAACGGCGGGCAGGUGCUGCUAACGCACGCGAUGUACCUUGCACUCAGCACCGCAGAACGUGAGGAAUUUGACGUGACCCCAUUGGGUGAAGUACCGUUGCGUGGUGUGCCGGAGCCUGUUGUAAUGUACCAGCUGAACGCCGUUCCCGGCCGCUCUUUUUCUGCACUUCGUUUGGACCGAGUUAUUGACGUGCUGGAGGAAGGCGGGGACGGCACAGGCACUUCUGGUAGCGACCGCGCGUCAACAGUCAUCGAGCUGAGUGAAUCUGCGCAAGCGAUUGCUUCUUCCCUGCUGUCUCUACUGGGGACCCUGACACCCGCACAACGCCACAGGACGCUUAUGCUCUUCUGUGAACGCUGGCGCGUCGCACUUCCUCGUAGCUUGGGCGCCGUAUGGGACGAUGACGGCUGUCGUGAGGUUAUACGGCGCGUCGCCGCAAAGGUUGGUCACGUUGUAGAUUUUCAUUCACUGGGAACGAGUGAGCGCUCGUCAAGCACGUUGUCAAGCGCAUCGGUAAUUAUUAUCCCCAAUCGGACCACGGAUUUUGAUAAGUUUUAA